GGAUUACCAAGUCUGCCAACCAGGGCAGUUGGCCGUAGGUUCAGGUGGUUUAAUUUAUUGUAUUAAAGCUGUGGCGCCGCACUUCAAUCAGGCUGGGCUUUACACUCCAAACAGAUUUUUUUGACGCGUUGACUUGCUUAAUUUCGCAACUAGCAUAACUAUCAGCUUGCACCUGGUUUCCUAGGAUUUUGGGGGCCCCGUAAGGGCACAAUCGAUAUGGACAAGCUUUUAGACUUCGGCUUCCAGAACAUCGAGCUAUGGCGCAGCGAGGAGAUGGAGCUUGUGAGGCUGCUCAUACCGAGCGAGAGUGCCCACGAUACCGUGGCGGCCCUUGGCGAGGUUGGCCUACUUCAGUUCAAGGACCUUAACAGCGAGAAGAGCGCCUUCCAGCGUACUUACGCCAACCAGGUCAAGCGCUGCGAUGAGAUGGCACGCAGGUUGCGCUUUUUCCGUGAGCAAAUCGACAAAGCAGGGCUUGCCCCAGCUGUGCACGGGACUCCGACGGGGAAGCAUGAGCUUGACGACCUCGAGAACAAACUUGAAGAGCUUGAGAAGGAGCUUAUUAGCAUGAACGACAACUCCGAGCGCCUUGACCGCACUUAUAACGAGCUGGUUGAGCUGCAGGUGGUCCUGGAGCAUGCGGGAAAGUUCUUUGACAAGGCCAAGGCCAACGUCCGGGCGGACGCGUUCGAGCGGGAGUAUUCGGGUGUGGAGACUUCUGAUGCACCGUUGCUGGAGACGGGGGCCCAGGAGAAGGUUUCGCGGAUUGGCUUUGUGGCGGGCACCAUCCCAGCGGACAAGGUGAACGGCUUCGAGCGGCUGCUGUUCCGCGCGACUCGCGGCAACAUGUACCUCCGGCAGGGCUCCGUGGGGAGGGUGAAGGACCCUAUUACCAACGAGACCGUCAACAAGCACGUCUUCGUCAUCUUCUUUGCUGGCGACCGCUCAAAGAUUAAGAUCAUGAAGAUCUGCGAGGCCUUCGGCGCCAACCGAUACCCCUUCCCCGACGAGGCGGCUCGCCAACGGCAGAUGGACAGCGAGGUGACGGCACGCAUCCGGGAGCUGCAGACCACGAUCGACGUUGGCGAGCGGCACCGCACGUCGCUGCUGCAGACCAUCGCCACCAACCUGGACGAGUGGACGACGCUGGUGCGGCGCGAGAAGGCAGUGUACCAUACGCUCAACAAGAUGAACGUGGACGUGACCAGCAAGGUGCUGGUGGCGGAGGCUUGGGUGCCAUCGGUUGCGAAGGCGGACGUGCAGCGGGCCCUGCGGGAGAGCGCCGAGAACAGCAGCACACAGCUCAAUGUCAUCAUGCAGCCCGUCCUCACGCACGAGCAGCCGCCCACCUACUACCGCACCAACAAGUUCACGUCGGCCUUCCAGAACAUUGUCGACUCGUACGGCAUUGCGCGGUACCGUGAGGUCAACCCCGCGGUGCUGACGCUCAUGACCUUCCCUUUCCUGUUUGCCGUCAUGUUCGGCGACUUUGGACACGCCAUUCUCAUGAUUGCUUUCGCCGCCUUCUUGGUGAUCAAGGAGAAGAAGCUAGCGAAGCAGGAUCUGGGCGACAUGCUGUCCCUGCUGUUCGGCGGUCGCUAUGUCAUCCUGCUGAUGGGCAUCUUCUCCCUCUACAUGGGCCUUAUCUACAACGAGUUCUUCUCCAUGCCCACCGUCAUCUUUGGCCACACCAAGUUCAAGUGCUACAAUGCUGACCUGUCGGAGAUCGUGAACGCCCGUGGCCAGCCGAUCACCAACAUGAUUGACCCCCGCGACUGCAAGAUGCUCUACAAGGGUGUCCUGAAGAUGCCCCCUGACAGCGCGCCCAUCGUCUUCGGGAUGGACCCCAUCUGGCACGGCCGCAAGACCGAGCUGCCGUACCUGAACUCCGUUAAGAUGAAGAUGUCGAUCCUCUUGGGCGUGACGCACAUGGACUUCGGCAUUCUCAACUCGCUCUUCAACAACCUGUACUUCAGGGACACGUUGUCAACGGUCUGCGAGUUCAUUCCUCAGAUGAUCUUCCUCAACGGCAUCUUCGGCUACCUGUGCCUGCUGAUUGUCAUCAAGUGGUGCACGGGCAAGCUGACGGACCUCUACCACGUUAUGAUCUACAUGUUCCUGUCGCCCGGCUCGGGCCCGGAGAACAAGGCGGAUGAGCUGAUCAACGGGCAGGGCGGCCUUCAGGUGUUCCUGCUGCUGGUUGCCUUCUUUGCUGUUCCGUGGAUGCUGCUGCCGAAGCCGCUGAUCCUCAAGAAGCGGCACGAGGCCAUGCAGGCUGCCAAGGGCCGGUCGGUCGAGAUGACCCAGAACUACGGGGCGCUGGCUGACGACGAGGAGAGCCGCCACCGGCCGCACGGCGGCGCCCACGGGAGCAGCCAGUCCCAUGGUGGAGGCGACCACGGCGGUGGCCACGGUGGACACGGGCACGGGGAGUUUGAGUUCGGCGAGGUCAUGGUUCACCAGAUGAUCCACACCAUUGAGUUCGUGCUGGGCGCUGUGUCCAACACCGCCUCCUACUUGCGUCUGUGGGCUCUGUCGCUGGCGCACAGCCAGCUGUCCGGUGUCUUCUACGACCGCGUGCUGAUGCUGACCAUCUCCAUGAACAGCGUGCCGGCUAUGAUUAUCGGCUUCUUCGUCUUUGCCUGCGCGACGCUGGGCGUGCUGAUGGUGAUGGAGUCGCUGUCGGCCUUCCUGCACGCGCUGCGCCUGCACUGGGUGGAGUACCAGAACAAGUUCUACAAGGGUGACGGCUACAAGUUUGCGCCCUUCAACUUUAGCGACCUGAAGCAGCUUGAGGAGUCUCCGGGCCAGUAAACGGCCCUCUGCUAGUAGGAUGACGUGGGGGAGGCGCCAUGCAUGCAGCAGCAGCGGCAAGGCGGCGUUAGUAGAAGCAUGACGGCCGCCAGGUUGUGUUUCGCGUAUAAUGAGGCAGGGAAUAGCUUUAGGCACACCACCCGAAGCUGUGGCUUUAGCUACGAGCGCAUGGUUGGAUUGCAACUAGGAGUGUCGCUGGCCAUGUAGGCUCCUGCCUUCAACAGGCGCAACUGUAGGCACGGCACCGCGGUUGGGAAUGGGGCAUGGGCUGUAAUUGGCGGCUUCUGACUGAGAGAAUGUGUGUAUGUUCGACUUGGUUAUCUAGCUGCUACUGCCCACUGGGAUUGGCAGAGACUGGCGCUGUGGGUCCAUAGCCUGUGUGCUCUGCUCGAUGCAGGCAACGUGGAUACAUGCUGCAGAGGGUUAAGCGAGAACUUGAGUGCGAUUCUUGCGUGACUGAACCCGCAUGGGUGCGUGAAAAACCAUUAUAAGUGCAAGUAGAUGGGGAGUACCGUAUAUGACACCCUGUUGGGGCAAGGGUGCGUGAGGUUUCACCGUCGUGCAAGGGUGCGAUUGUGCCCCCAAACCGGUAACCCGUGCUUGGUGGCGUGUUUCGGAAGAAUUGGGGUUCAAUCUACCCUUACCAGUUAUAAAUUGUAGUGCUGGCAAUUGAUCGAGUCUGGGCGCACGUUUGUCCAUGACGCUUCUGCUCGUAUGGGGUUCAUGAAUACGUGGUCGUCUGGACACAUUGACCUUUGGCCUCGAUGUGUAAGGGAACAUGCGUCU